UCCUCCUCCCAUCCAGCCUGCUCUGCGGCGGAGGCGGCGGCGGCGGCAGCGGUUGUUCCUGCCUCUCCGCCACCUCCACCGCGGCUUAUCCCCUGGCUGGCGGCGUUGGCGGGGCGGGGGACAGUAGUUGUAGACGCCCGCCCCUGCCUCAGAGAAGAUACCACAUUGAAUGAACAAAGACUGAACUUUGUUUACAGAUACCUUUUAUAAAAGAUGUCUGUGGAGUAGUGUUACAGUUCAAAUAACAAAGGAUUUUGCAUUAUGAGGUAGGUUGAAAAUAGAAGAAAUAUGUCCUAAUGUCACUUUUUAAAUGUAGUGGGUAAACUUCAUAUAUGUCAUCUUAUUUAAUCCAUACAAGAAAAGUAUUGUCCUUUUGAUGACUGACUCAGAGAAGGGAAAUAACUUCCUGACUUACAUUUGGGGAAGUAGGAUUUAAACUCAGAUCUUUCUAAUUCUGAAGCUCAUUUUCUUUUCCUGUCUCCAUUCUGUCUUCUACCGUAUCCAGAAAGCCACUGUAUCAGUUCUUGUGGUAAAUAUAAGGAAGAUAUUAUGAAGCUUGAGCAGGAAAAUAUUAAUAUAAGUCAAGAGAUACUGUAGAUCCCCAGAGUCUUCCUUUACAGUAAUCAAAUUAAUCAAAGGUUACAACACAAUAUGCAGCAGUCUUACUCUUGACUUUGCCUUGUUUUCAAGGCACAGGAUUAUAGAAUGCUAGCAUUGGAAGGUAAAAUGUCUAAUGAUCGUACUUCCCUAGUUUAUAGAUGAAGAAACUGAGAUCCGGAGGAGUAGCGAUUAUUUUUAGAUAGUCAUGGGCAUGACUAAGCCAAUAAAUGAGAUCUGAUUCCCUGUCCAGUGUUACUUCCUUUUAUAUGGUAUAGCUCCUCACUUGUGUCAUCUUUGCUGUAUAAUAGUAUCCUGGAGAAAGAAUAGUCUUUUGUAUACUACAUUACAAUAGUCUUUUCCCAUUCUGCUCUUCUCACGCUCUGAGACCUGGAUGAGCUACUGGAUCUCUUUAAUCUGUGGUGUCUGGGAUACCAAAAGUAGUAGAUACAUUUACUUAAAUGAAACAUAAGGCCUGCUGUGUUUUUUUAGAGAACUCAUCUAGUUUUCCCUGUUGAUAAUCAUGUCAGAAACUGCAUUUUAUUUCAUAUGUGAUGGUUGAGAUUAAAGUACCAUAAUUACAGUCAUGUCUUAGCCUUGGAUUGAGAGAACUUGGAUUCAAGCCUUGACUCCACCAUUAAUUGCUGAGCAAAUCACUUUGACCUCUCUGAGUAUGUUUAUUCAACCUGAAAAAUGGAAGUGGCAAUCUCUGUCUUGCCCUAAUUCUUAAUCUACUGUAUUCUAGUCUAGUAUAUUUUGGGCACAGUCUUCAGAGCCCAGAGGUCUCAGAAAUAGUCAAAGGGCUCUGUGAUAACUUGAGUUUCGUUGAAAUUUUAAAAAUAACUUUCAUGGGAUUAUAAAGUAAUAUUCAAUGUAGAAAAAUACAGAAAAUAUACAUCAUUCAUAAUUGUGUUCUGAAAAUGUUAGUGUCCUUUUCCCUACAUUUACAUUUUAGUUACUCUUACAUGGUUGGCUUUAAAUAUAUUCAGAGAUUAUUUUCUGUUAUGGCUUGAACCCAUAACAGUUUACUCCUUGUCUCAUUUAAGUGUGGAGUUAGGCAGUACAAGGCUGUUAGGACAGUUCCAUGAUCAUCAGAGAGGACCCAGACAUUUUCUUUUUAUUCUAAGGCCCUGACUUACUUACUCAUGUUCUCUGAUGACUGUUUCAUUUCUAACCAUGGCAUCCUCAUUUCAGCAGCAGAAGGGAGGAUCCCUCCUAGAAUCCUACAAAACACCAGCUUUCUUCUUAUUGACCAGAAUUUAUUCACAUGGCUACAUCUUGCUUUAAGAAUGGCCAGAAAAUGUAGUCUAAAAGACUAAAAGCUAGACACAUUUCCUAAGGUUUGUUACUAAGGAAGAAGAAAAAAAUAUAUUGGAAGGCAACUGGUAGUCUCUGUCACAAACAGAAACGUAAAACUUUAUGUUAGAAGUAAUUCUAAUCAUAGGAUUAUCUACUGAAGCUGAUACUUUGAUUUGAAAGCAAGCAAAAUUCUAUUCGUAAACUUUUAGUUCAGACCAAAUAUAUUAAAACUCAUAAGUGCUGUUUUUCAAUUUAUAGUUCUUUGGGUUAUAUACCUAGGGUAGAAUAAAUUUGGAGUAAUUUCUUCUUAAAUAAACAAAUGUUAUUUAUUAUUCCAGGGUAAAAAAAAAUGCUCAAAAAGUUAGGGCUUUACAAGCACAGAGAGACAAAUACCAUAUGAUCUCACUUAUACAUGGAAUCUAAAAACUUAAGGAAGUAGAGAGUAGAAUGGUGGCUACCAGAGGCUGGUUGGUAGAGUGAGGGAGUGGGGACAGAGAAAGGAAAGACAUUUGCCAAGGGGUACAAAGUUACAGGUAGAUAGGAGGAAUAAGUUCUGGUGUUCUAUUGCACAAGAAGGUGAUUAUAGUUCAUGUAUAUUCAAAAUGUAUUUAUUAUUUCAAUAUUUUUUAAAGUAGCUGUAAAAGAUAAUAUUUUAAGUGUUCACAUUGCAAAGAAAUGAUCAACACUUGAAGUAAUGGCUAUGCUAAUUCACCAAAUUUGAUUAUUCCACACUAUAUACAUGUACUGAACUAUCACAUUGUAUUUCAUAAAUAUAUACAAUUAUUACUUGUCAGUUAAAAAUAAAACUAUAUAAAAUAUAUUGUUAUAAAAAUAAAGUAUGUUUAAACAUUUUAAAAGUUAGGCUUUAUUUUCAGAUUUAUAAAAAGCAAAUUAAUAAAAUGAAGGUGAAUUUUGUGAAUUUUCAGAUGAUUGGUCUAUGUUGAUGUGAUUAUAAACUUUGAAUUAUUUAAUCUUUAUAACAAGACUGUGUUUGGUUUCAGAUGAGUGAGAGUGGAGAAUUGAACAAAAAUUGAUUUUUAAUUUCUGAAUCGUGGUUUUUAGCUCACUAGUUAUUGUAUAGUCUCACUAUUUGAAAGUUCAUGCUGAAAAACUGAGUGAAUAUGAUCAGAUUUCUCCACCAAAUUCUCAGCCUGAUAAAGGUAAGUAAGGUUCCAUUCACCUCUUUAUUCAUCUCUGUGCCAUCUGUGGUCCUUUGGAACUGGCUUCUUUCACAUAGCAUAAUGUCUUCAAGCUUCAUUCGUGUUGUACCAUAUAUCAGUACUUCAUUCCUUUUUACUGAUGAAUAAUAUUAUAUGAAUAUACCAUAUCUUGUUUAUCCAUUUAUCAGUUGAUGAGCAUUGGGUUGGUUAUUUCUACUUUUUAGUUGUAAUGAAUAGUGCUGCUGUGAACAUUUGUUUACAGCUUCUUGCAUGGACAUAGGUUUUCAUUCUUUUGGCUAUAUAUGCAUGGAAUUGCUAAGUGGAAUUGAUGAAACUGCUGCUAAGUUAUUUUCCAAAGUAGGUGUACCAUUUUACAUUCCCACAAACAGUGAAUGAAGUUUCCAGUUUUUCCACAUUCUUGCUAACACUUACUAGUAUCUUUUUUUGAUGAUAGCCCUCCUAGUAGAUGUAAAGUAAAAUCUUUUUAUUACCAAAAAAUUUCAAACAUACUCAAAAAUAGAGAAAAUUGUAUAAUGAACCCUCAUGUAUCCCUCAUCCAGUCUCAACAAUUAUCAACAUCUUUUAAAUCUUAUUAGUGACUUUUUUUUUGAGACGGAGUCUCUCUCUAUCACCCAGGCUGGAGUGCAGUGGCGCGAUCUCGGCUCACUGCAACCUCCACCUCCCGGGUUCAAGCAAUUCUCCUGCCUCAGGCUCCCGAGUAGCUGGGACUACGGGCAUGUGCCACCACACCCAGCUAAUUUUUUGUAUUUUUAGUAGAGACGGAGGUUUCAACAUGUUGGCCAGGCUGGUCUCGAACUCCUGACCUCAGGUGAUCUGCCUGCCUCAGCCUCCCAAAGUGCUGGGAUUACAGGCCUGAGCCACUACGCCCAGCCAUUAGUGACUUUUUAAAAACAGCAUUAUUGAGGUAUAGUUAGCAUAUAAUAAACUGUAUGUAUUUAAGGUAUACAAUUUGGUAAGUUUUGGCAGAUGUAUAUAGCCAUGAAAUGAUCACCACAAUCAAGAUAAUGGGCAUACCCAUCACCCCCCAAAAAAUGCCCCUUUAGAAUCUUUUCCUCCCACCUCUCCCCAAGCAACCACUGUUAUUAUAGUUUUCAUUUUCUAGAGGUUUAUAUAAAUGGAAUCAUAUCGUAUGUACUCUUUUGUCAGGCCCCUAUUACUUUUUAUGUAUUUAUUUUUAGAAAUGGGUUCUCGCUGUGUUGGCCAGGUUCGUCUUGAACUUCUGAGCUCAAGCAGUUCUGCCACUUCAGCCUCCCAAAGUGCUGGGAUUACAGGCAUGAGCCACUAUGCCUAGUGUAUCACUAUUUUAAAUAGUAAAAAAGAAUUAUAACUAUUUUCAUUAUUUUGAGAUUCACUCACGUCAUGUGUAUCACUAUAGUUUAUUCCUUUUUAUCACUGAUAGUAUUUCAUUGUAUCAUUAUACCACUGUUUGAUUUAAUCCAUUCACCUGUUGAUUGACAUUUGAGUUUCUUUUCUUUCUGGGGCUAUCACAAAUAAAACUAUAUGAACAUUCAUGUCUUUGUAUAGACACACAGUCAUGUGUCCGUUAACAACCAGGAUACAUUCUGAGAAAUGUGUCAUGAUUUUCUCAUUGUGCAAACAUCAUAGAGUGAGGGUAUAACUUACUACACACCUAGGCUAUAUGAUACAGCCUAGUGCUCCUAGGCUACAAAUCUGUACAGCAUGUUACUAUACUGAGUACUGUAGACAGCUGUAACACAACAGUAAGUGUUUGUGUAUCUAAACCUAUCUAAACAAAAAGAAACAGUAAAAAUAUGGUAUGAAAGAUAAAAAAAAAAUAGUACACUUGUGUGGGGCAUUUACCAUGAAUGGAGGAGCUUGCAGGACUACAAGUUGCUCUGAGUCAGUGAGUGUUGAGUUAAUGGGAAGGCCUAAGAUACUACUGUACACUGCUGUAGACUAUAAAUACUGUAAACUUAGGCUACAUUAAAUUAAUCAAUUUAUUUAUUUAUUUAUUUUGAGACAGAGUCUUGCUCUGUCACCCAGGCUACAGUGCAGUGGUGCAAUCUCGGCUCAUUGCACCCUCCGCCUCCCAGGAGAAUCGCUUGAACCCAGGAGGCGGAGGUUGCAGUGACCCAAGAGCACCCCCACUGCACUCUAGUCUGGGUGACAGAGCGAGACUCCAUCUCGAGAAAAAAAAAAAAAAGAGCAAAGGAAAUGCUCAGGACAAGAUAAUCUGGUAAGAAUUUUCUCCCUUCUUUGCAGAAAAUCCCAUUUUGUCAACCUAAUGAAGCAUUCAAAGAAGACAUAUGACUCUUUUCAAGAUGAACUUGAAGAUUAUAUUAAAGUACAGAAAGCCAGAGGCUUAGAGCCAAAGACUUGUUUCAGAAAGAUGAGAGGGGACUAUUUGGAAACCUGUGGGUACAAAGGAGAGGUUAAUUCCAGACCCACAUAUAGAAUGUUUGACCAGAGACUCCCACCUGAAACCAUCCAGACCUACCCAAGAUCAUGCACUAUUUCACAAACAGUGGAAAAUCGGUUGCCUCAGUGGUUACCAGCCCAUGACAGCAGAUUGAGACUAGACUCUCUGAGCUACUGUCAGUUCACCAGGGACUGUUUCUCAGAAAAACCAGUACCCCUGAACUUUGAUCAACAAGAAUAUAUUUGUGGCUCACAUGGUGUAGAACCUAGAGUUUACAAGCACUUCUCAGAUAACAGUACCAGUACUCAUCAAGCCAGUCACAAACAGAUACAUCAGAAGAGGAAAAGGCACCCAGAGGAAGGCAGAGAAAAAUCAGAGGAGGAGUGGUCUAAGCAUAAGAGAAAAAAAAGCUGCAAGGAAAUUGAUUUAGACAAACACAAGAGCAUCCAAAGAAAGAAAACAGAGGUGGAAAUAGAAACCGUACAUGUCAGUACAGAAAAGCUUAAGAAUCGAAAGGAGAAAAAAAGCCGAGAUGUAGUCUCUAAGAAAGAGGAACGUAAACGUACAAAAAAGAAAAAGGAACAAGGCCAAGAAAGGACAGAGGAGGAAAUGCUUUGGGACCAGUCUAUUCUUGGAUUUUGAAGCUUUCGAAGUUGGUUCUCCCAAAGUUAAAUUGAAAAAAUAGGUGAGAGCUUGGUUUUAUGAUGUCCAUGUUCAUACCACUUUUCUUAUGUGAAUAGGUUCUUUAACUUCUAACAAAGGCCUAGUGAACAGAAAGUGUUUAGCAUGCUUGCUCUCCAACACAGAAAUUACUUUUCCUCACUUUCUAAAAGCAUUAUUACAUUUUUUGACAUAUAGUGUAAUUUCCUUUAAUGAAAGUGACUGCUUUUAUUCAUCAAAUUGCUUUGAUGGUGGAAUUAUUUUCUGUUGGGAGGUUAUUUAUUUUAAAUUGGAGGAUUAAUGACCUUUGCACAAUCUGUUUCUUGAUUGGGUUUGUUAUAGUUUUGAGUUGGGUAUUUUAUGUUCAUUGGUUUUUCUCUAUGAAGCAAUUUUUUUCUCCUUUAUUAGAUCUAACUUGCAGUGUAUUUUCUAGGCUGGAAAGUGGAAAAUGAAAUACAUUAUAAUCUUAGGUUACAUAAAGUUUCUAAAGUUUCAAAGAAUCUUGAUACAAAAUCUGUUUAUAUUCUGAAAAUAUUUAUAAUAAAGUAUUCUAAUUUCUA